UCCAGCCACGGUUCACUCCUGGCCUUGCUCAGAAGCUGGGAGAAAUGGACUUUCCCUUUCUUAAGGAACUUCCACACCUGUUGAUGUUCUGACUGCUAAGUCCUGGAUCACUCUGCUGACUGUCACCCACAGGAAACUUCAGAUUCCAAAAAUCUGUGAAGUUUGAACAAGCAGCUUUCCAAGAUGUACCGACUCUCUCAAGUGAUGUCAACACCAGUAGCAAGUACACGAUCUUCCAGGCCUGGGUCUGAGAGAGAAUAUUCUGGAGAGGUGUCCUCCACAUGCAUUUUCCCAAGCUUUGCAUGUGAGUACCUGGAUGGUGACAGUCCCUUUGAGUGCUGCUCCUUCGACGCCCUGUCCGGCUCAUACCUUGCCUGUCGCCGAAGUCCAAGACUCCUCACCAAUGGCUACUACAUUUGGACGGAGAACAGUUUCUUCUGUGACAAAGAUGGCAACAUAACUCUGAGCCCAUCCCAGACCAGUGUUCUGUACAAGGAGAACUUGGUUCGAAUAUUUAGAAAGAAAAAGAGAAUCCGCCGGCCCUUCUCUUCUCUCUUUGACCUCAGUGCUUCUGAAUCCUGGUUAUGUGACAGCAUCUUUGGUGAAACUGACUCUUCUCCCAGUGAGGACCUCUGGUUGGAGGGGGUCAGGAGGUUGGACACCCACCACUGCAAUGAGAACAGAGGCAAUGUUGACUGUUCUCUGACAAAUGACGGAGACCUAGAGAAGUCAGACACAGAAUUUGUGAAAGCUUCUCCCAGCCACAUCGAGUCUCCAACGUCUGAACAUUUCCCGGGGAAUCUCUGGGAUCAUUCAAAAACCAGUUUGUUACGAGAGAUUUCCUUUCAAGUCAUUCUGCUUCUUGCCUGCCUAAUCAUUUCUGCCUGUGCCAGGUGGUUUCUGGGAGGAACAUUAGCCACUGUCUUCACCUGCUCUUUGAUGAUAACUAUUGCUUAUGUUGUCAAAUCACUGUUCCUCAGCCUUGCCAGCUAUUGCAAAGACACCUCCUGUGCUCGGUUUGCCAAAAUUUGACAACCACCUAGAAGUAUUGCGGAUGAAUGUCCAGAAAUUACCUGAUUUGCUGACUGCUUGGAAUCAACUGCUUUAUUGGAAGGGUGUGAGCAACUAAAUAAGUGAGAAAAAGAAACGUUUCAUUAGUGAUGAGAUUUUUAAAAAGAAACUCACAAUUGUAAUAUGUUCAUGAAAAUAAUAUGUCUUUCCUGGGCAAAUGAACAGUUGGAAAAGAAAGGGCUGGGAAAAACACCUGGAGUAAGAGCUCCUCCACUCUCCCUUGAGGCCGAGGUUCGCAGACUUUAGUUGUCAUUGGCGAAGACUUUGAGGUGCUUAUAACAGUGCAUGUUCCUGGACCCACCUAUUGACACCCACCUCUGCUGAACUGCCCCUUGGAGCAAUGAAAGCAAAUUUUCAUAAUCAACACCAACUUGAAAGUAAAUAAUAAAAAACGUGAAGUAUCAAUUGCACAUGUCUGCACCUAGAAUGAACGCUGUAAACGGUUAUCAUUCUCCCUGAAGGACGGUGGUGACAGUAAGUAAGGAUGGAGAAUGGAAGGGAGAGUCAUUGACGGAACUCUUUGCUCCUCUUGAGCCACAUUCUUUCCCAAGUUUACCACUUUCUUGUGCUCAAGACGAACUUUCAGUCAAACGGCAAUCAAAAUAUCCAACUGCCAGACCAGGCGUUAAAGUUAAAAUAGAGGCCAGGCGGAGUCCUCAGCAUAGCCAAGUGACACGUUGCAGCAGACAUAUCUCUCCCAUGAUACAUGUUUCCAAAAUACACGUGACCUGCAAUUCAAAAUGCCUACGUGAUGUUGCUGAGCUAAACACGUAGGUGGGGAAUUGUCUUCUGCUUAAAA